AUAGCCCUUUUUUUUCCCCUCACAUCGAAUCUGUGAUACCUUCCAAGCAACCAACCUCCUACACCCUCGAAAAUUAAAGUUUCUCUCCUGCGCGAAGUUCUCAGAGUCGGAGAAAACCGUGGAAUCCUACGUUUUAUCCAUUUUUAGAUAAAUGAAAGAUGAAUCAACCUAAGACUGUUCCAAGUUCAAGUUCAAGUUCAGUUCGGCCAGUACUUCCUCGGCAGGAUUUAGAAUGUACUCAACCUAAGACUCCAAGUUCAAGUUCGAGUUCAGUUCGGCCAUUACUUCCUCGUCUGGAUUUAGUCUGUACUCAACCUAAGACUGUUCCAAGUUCAAGUUCAAGUUCAGUUCGGCCAUUACUUCCUCGGCAGGAUUUAGUCUGUACUUCCAAUAGCAGAGGGAGCACUAACACUAUUCUGAGCUCAAGGCAAAGGUUGCGUUGGACACAUGAGCUCCAUGAACGUUUUGUGGAUGCUGUGGAGAAACUUGGCGGGCCAGAUAGGGCUACUCCUAAAGGUGUCCUUAGAGCCAUGGGCGUACUUGGUUUAACAACAUUCCAUGUCAAAAGCCAUUUACAGAAAUAUCGGCUUGCAGCACACCAGCCAGAGUCUUCAGCUGAUGGUAAAAAAUCUGACAAGAAACAAGCAGGCAAUACGACUUCGAGCUCAGAUGGUUCCUCCAAGGCACAAAAAACUCUAGAGCUGAAGUGGAAGACAGAGGAGCAAAAGCAGCUGCACGAGCCACCUGAGGUCCAGAGUCAGUUACAGGUGGGGGAGGCAGACCAAGGCAAACACCAGAAGGUCACUGAGGAGCAUCAGCAGCAGCCCAGUGCUGAUUUAACUGAAGCAUCUGUUUUGGAGACCCCUGUUACUGUUGACAGUGGCCCAGCACCCCUCAGUAUUGAACCAUCAGUCCCAUUUGGAUCACCUUCCCAAGAUAAGGCUGCCAAUGGAUGCUCCCCUCCUCCUGCCUCAGCUGAUGACUCUCACAAAUCUGUCAAGAGUGAACAAGCAUCCCCAUCUUCAUCCAAGCCCCCCCUCCAAGAUGGGGCUCCCAAAGAGUGUGCACCUGACCCAGAAUCAGACAGGACUGAACCAUCGACUACUGUUCCAGCUUCUGGGUCUCCCAUCAGGGCUGCAAUGGCACAGAGUGGUUCGGCCGCUGAAUCUUUCUCAUCUUCCCAAGAAACAUCUGUUUUAGAUACCACUAAUUGUCAUGUUGGAUCCCCAGAUAAGACUCCAGAGGGUGAGAAGUUAGCGAAGAAGCAGCGAGUGGAUGAGGGACCAGCAUGUUAAUAACCAGAGAUAGACUGAUACUAUAACCAGAGAGGUUGGAGGUAGCCUGGGCUUGAUUCGGAUUGCCAAGCAUGGUAGUUUGAUCCUUGAAUGACAUUUUAGGCAAUGAAGAGUGGUUUGAAAUGUUUCAGGCACUGAUAUGUGAUACUUGUGGAUGAAUGGUCUAUGCACUUGCAAGAUUUUUCUAUUUUUCUUUUAUGUUAUAGUUUUUGUAGUUUCUGAGAAGUAUUUAUUAUCUGGUUGAACAAAUAGGUACUGGAUCUGGGAUUUGUACUCUGAUUCUAUACUCUUACAGAGAGGCUUGUUCAUUUGCCAUUUUUUUACUUCAUAUUGUCGUUUAAGUCUGGGUUCGGGUAGGCUUUAUUGUUCU